GUAUUAAAUCUCAAUAUUUGACUUAGCAGUGAGUGUAAAUAUGCUUAUUCAAACAAUUUAAUUUGAAGGUACCGCAUACUUUGCUGUUUUAUAUUGUCAAUCUCAAUUCUUAAAAUAGGUACAUACAAUUAGCUAAAGUUGCUUCCUACGGUGGUUAGGGGAAAAAACCAGAUACGAGGAAGGGACAGGCGAGAGGACUGCCGUCUUCCCUAGCGAUCUCCCGCUCUUCUUCUGCAAAGAGCUGCCUCCUUUUAUAUAAAAGCUUUUCAAUAUGGAAGAGGCUGCAAAGACUGCCAGAGAAUCUCUUGACCAGGCAUUUCACAUCUCAAACAUUCUUGAUACUGGUCUUGAUCGGCGCACCCUCUCAGUUCUCAUUGCACUCUGUGACCUGGGUCUGAACCCUGAGGCAUUGGCUGCUGUUGUUAAAGAACUCCAGAGAGAACCCUGCCCCUUGCCCCCAACACCAGCAGCCCCAUCAUCAUUUCCUUAAACAGACUCGAUGAAUUAGAAUGUGAAAGCUAAAGUGGGCUUCAAAGAGAUAGAGCAGUUCUUUUCUGGCCAGCAAUUACUGCUCAACCAUAUAUCACAAUAGUGUGCGGCUGAUAGUUCUAGUUGCAGAAUCAUCUCUAUCUUGUGAUGAAUGUUGUGUAUUGGAGGUUUUUAGAAUUCUUGUUCUUUCACUUUUCUAAACUUUUUAUGUGAAUAAGUUCUGUUUGUAAAUAUUCUCAAGAAAAAUGAUAGUCAUAGAUUUUCCUUUAUGUCGUUUUGUUCGAAUAUGACCUGCUGACAUAUGUACCUCUUUUAUAUUGAAAUAGAUAUAUAAGUUUUUAAUGACA